AUGAACAAGUUCGUUCUUUCCGCCCUUGUGGCAUUCUGCGCGGCUGUAUCUUUGCAAGUUGUUGUAUCGUAUGAACCCCUAGAAAAAGCUGCCUAUGAAACCCAACAAUCCGACGAUUAUGACGCUGUGAAGGAUGCAGUCGACGCCAAUGCAGAUGAAGGAUUUGAAGAUGAUCUGAGCGAUUACAAUCAUUUCGAAGAUGAAGUUGACAAUGAUGAAGAUGAAGAGAGUGAAGAGGAUGCAAACGGAAGCAAUGAUGUCCAAGAAGAUCCAAAACCAUUUUUUCGCAGAAUAAGAGUCCCGAAACCAAGAUUCCGGAUCCCGAAGCCAAGAAUCCCGCUUCCAAGAAUUCCAAAACCAAGGAUCCGGAUCCCGAGAAUCCCAAAACCAAGAUUCCGGAUUCCAAGAUUGCCAAAGCCCCGCCUCCCGUUUGGGAAGAAGUAAAGGGA